AUGUCUGGUGAUUUGUCAGACAAAGAAGAAAACUUUAGAGAGAAGAAGGAUCAAUCUAUAGACACUGUGAAUAUAGAUGAUCUAGACUCUGAUUAUGAGUCCAUUGGUAAGAUAUUGGCUCCAGGAAUAGCUAAGAGGUUAAAGAGAAGAAAGGGGAAAGUUGUCGAGUUCUCUAACAAGCCCUUAAAAGCUCUCAGGAGAAGUACUAAUAUUGGUCCUACAAAAGGGUGGAGCAAGGUUGUUACUCAUGCCACUAAGAAGAGAUUCUUAAAGAGAAAGGAAGUCCCAUAUGACAUUGUUUCUGCUACAAGAAAGAAAGCUUCUAGGAAGAAGAUUCCAACCAAUAUUCUUGAAGUUCCAAUUGACAAUAUUUCCUUUCACUCUGUGAAGAAUGUAGAGAAGUGGAAAUUUAUUUACCAAAGAAGACUGGACUUGGAAAGGGAACUUGGAAAAUAUUCCAUUGAGUGCAAAGAAGUCAUGGGUCUGAUUCAAGAAGUUGGGUUGAUAAAAAGUGUGACUGGCUUUGGCAAGUGUUAUGAAACGCUUGUUAAAGAAUUCAUUGUGAAUAUCUCUAAGGAGUGUGAUAAGAAGAGGAGUAAGGAGUUUAGAGAGGUUUAUGUUAGAGGAAGGUGUGUUGAUUUCUCUCCAGAAAUCAUAAACAAGGUUUUAGGCAGAAAUGAAGAAGAACAAGCUGAAGUGGAAGUUCCUGACAAUCUCAUUUGCAGAGAAAUUAUUAUAAAGCAAGUAAAGGAAUGA